ACAUGCAAAUCUCAUACGUCAUUGCUCUGGCUUUCGUGACCCUCGUGGCGGCUGAUGUCAGCCACCUCAAGCUCGGUCUCUCAGCAGAUGGCGCCUAUGGACUGACCUCAUCCUCCUCCUCCUCAUCUUACUCCGCAUCGGUGGUGCCGGGAGGCGAUUCGAGCAGCUAUCAGCCUGAAGAGCUGAUCCCUGCCCAUCUAAAGGUGGCCUCCAUUGAGACUCAAUCGUCCGGUUCUGCGGUGAUUCCUGGUGGAGAUUCAAGCUCCUACCAGUCGGCGGAAUAUACUUCGGCUCACCUCAAGGUUGCCUCCACUCAGGUAGAAUCUUUCGCUGAUGAGGUGAUCCCUGGUGGAGAUUCGAGCUCCUACCAGCCCGCUGAAUAUACUCCCGCUCAUCUGAAAGUAGCCUCCGCUCAGUUGGAAUCUUCUAGUGCUGCUGAAGUGGUUCCCGGAAGUGAGGAGAGCUCCUACCAGCCCGCUGAAUACACUCCCGCUCAUCUGAAAGUAGCCUCCGCUCAGUGGGAAUCUUCUAGUGCUGCUGAAGUGGCUCCCGGAAGUGAGGAGAGCUCCUACCAGCCCGCUGAAUACACUCCUGCUCACUUGAAGGUUGCUUCAGUCCAGGUGGAGUCCUCUGUUGCUCAGGCAAUCCCCAGCAUCGGAGCCGACACCUACACCCCCGAGCAAUUCAUCCCAGAGGCAGAUCGUGAGGCUCACUACAAGUAUGUCCAGGAACAGCAGCAGGAGACCAUCAUUCCUGGUGGAGAUUCGAGCUCCUACCAGCCCGCUGAAUAUACUCCCGCUCAUCUCAAAGUAGCCUCCGCCCAGGUGGAAUCUUCCACUGAUGAGGUGAUCCCUGGUGGAGAUUCGAGCUCCUACCAGCCCGCUGAAUACACUCCCGCUCAGUUGGAAUCUUCUAGUGCUGCUGAAGUGGUUCCCGGAAGUGAUGAGAGCUCCUACCAGCCCGCUGAAUACACUCCUGCUCACUUGAAGGUUGCUUCAGUCCAGGUGGAGUCCUCUGUUGCUCAGGCAAUCCCCAGCAUCGGAGCCGACACCUACACCCCCGAGCAAUUCAUCCCAGAGGCAGAUCGCGAGGCUCACUACAAAUAUAUCCAGGAACAGCAGCAGGCGACCAUCAUUCCUGGUGGAGACUCGAGCUCCUACCAGCCCGCUGAAUACACUCCCGCUCAUCUCAAAGUAGCCUCCGCCCAGGUGGAAUCUUCUAGUGCUGCUGAAGUGGCUCCCGGAAGUGAGGAGAGCUCCUACCAGCCCGCUGAAUACACUCCCGCUCAGUUGGAAUCUUCUAGUGCUGCUGAAGUGGUUCCCGGAAGUGAUGAGAGCUCCUACCAGCCCGCUGAAUACACUCCUGCUCACUUGAAGGUUGCUUCAGUCCAGGUGGAGUCCUCUGUUGCUCAGGCAAUCCCCAGCAUCGGAGCCGACACCUACACCCCCGAGCAAUUCAUCCCAGAGGCAGAUCGUGAGGCUCACUACAAAUAUGUCCAGGAACCGCAGCAGGCGACCAUCAUUCCUGGUGAAGACUCGAGCUCCUACCAGCCCGCUGAAUAUACUCCCGCCCACCUGAAGGUUGCCCUGGUGGCUCCAGCGGCUGCUGAAGUUGCUCCCGGAAGUGACGAGAGCUCCUACCAGCCCGCUGAGUACACUCCUGAGCAGCUGAAGACCUCUGCUGGGGUCCAGACAGUGGCUGCUGUCCAGGCUGCUCCUGCUGUCCAGUACAGCUACACCCAGACUCUGGCAACCGCGGUGCAGGCACCUGCUGCCGUCGCCACCAGAGUUGGAUCCUCAGUGGCUGCCUCGAAUGCCGGCAGCUAUCGGCCAGCUGAUGUGAUUCCCGCCUACGUCCAGGGUCAAGCUAUCUUUAGCAAACAGCUUGUGGCUCCACUCCGUGAGUCCGUCGUGUAUGCCAAUGCCCAGGGUCAGGCUGUGAUCAGCAAUCAGCUUGCGACUCCAUUCCAUGGGGAUUCCGUAAACGGUUAUGGCCAGGGAGAGCCCAAGCCUGCCCAAUUGUACCAGGAGCCCGUGUCGAACGGCAUCGAGGAGUUCAAUGUCGAGACCCAUGUGCCCGUGGCCAUUGGUGGCAACACCGUCACGCCCACUCACCUGCAGGCAGGCACCUACUCAUCCGUUGCGUCCUCCUCCUCCGCAUACUCCUCUGCUUCCUCCUCGACUGGUCAAGACACUCAGUAUGCAACCAACGGCGGCUAUGUCUACUAAGUUUAGUCUUUAAGAGUUCCAAAAAAAAUAAUAAU